AUGCUCUUCUAUCUGACAUCCAGAAUUGUGGGCACCGCUACAUCCUUCCUAUACCCGGCAUAUUGCUCUUAUAAAACCCUUUCUCAGCGACCAGCGUCCGAAGCAGACCUUGAACGAUGGCUCAUGUAUUGGUCGGUGCUCGGCACACUCCUUUCACUCGAGCUCUUUGCAGAAUGGGCCAUCUCCUGGCUUCCAUUUUACUACACCAUCAAAACACUGUUCCUGCUAUAUCUCUCUCUCCCGCAAACCCAGGGCUCAACAUUCAUCUACCACACAUAUCUCGCUCCGUUACUACAUGAACAUGAAGACCAAAUCGAUCGGAGCAUGUCCAAAAUUCGGGGCAUUGUAUGGGAGUUUGUGCAGACAAAGGCCAGAGCACUGUGGGACGCAUUGGUCGCUAGUUUGGGGCAGCAACCCGGCGCACCCCCUGCUGGUUCUGCAGUCGCACCCCCUCCUACGCAGAAUGAUCCAGUCUCCGGACCGGCACAAAUGGCUUUUGGUCUAUGGAGAACUUACGGACCCACUAUUCUUACGACAGGUGUUACUUUGUUUAGACAAGUUGCUCCUGGUUCUGCACCUCAGGCACAACCGCAGGGUGGACAAGCACGCACAGCGUCGUUCUUUGCUGAACGACCACCAGCUCAACCGUACCCAGACUCCUCUUCCUCUCACAUUUCAAACACAGCUACUCAAUCUGUCCUUGAACGGAGACGUGCUUUGGAAGCGGAGCUCGCCGCUUUAGAGCGCAUAGGUCCGUCUAGUGGAUCUGAUGUAUCGACACCAUCCUCUUCAUCCUUCACAUCCCCAAUUGCUCCUACCUUCCCGAUUCCCUCGAUUCCCCUUCCUGGUACAUCGUUGUCAGCGUCCACGUCCAGAACGUCAUCACCCGUUUCCUCCUAUCCCCGUGAACGCACUUCGUCUGGUGUCGGUUUAGGCAGGUUCGAAGAGAUCGAGAUGCCACCUACCGAGUACGUUGUCGCUGGAGAAGAUCACGACGGAGUGGGACAUGCUUAUGACGGCGGUAGACCAGUUCAAUCACAGAGAAGGACUAGCUGGUUUGGAUGGGGGCAGGGUGGGCAGGGUUAUGAUAGAGUGAAGAAUGAUUAG